ACAAUACAAUUCGAAAUACAUAUAGCCCCUAUACACCCACGUAGAAUACUUCUCUUUAUCUGCCAAAAAGCACAAUUUUAAUUUGUACACAAUCGGUUUUAUGAACUGCUAAACAAAAAUUUUAACCAUGGCCGAUGAUGAAGAUAAACCAAAGAAACACACAUUGGACACCCUGUUUAUGGUGUACGCCAACUAUCAGGUUAUACCCACGGAUAUCGAGAACGAGGUAUUCGACAGUAUACUCCUUUCCCAACUAGAUGCCUGGCUUGAGCAGGCGAAGCUCAUGCCAAAUCCCAUUACUCGGACACAAACGGGUCUUAUCUAUAUGAGAUACAAAAAGUGGCGCUUGGAAUAUGAAGACUUUCUGGAGGUUCUUAACAAUUUAGCCUCUGAUAACGACCUACAAAUAGAUGAAAUGAAGCAAACAAUGGUCGAUGCUGGAAUCCCAAGCGGUGCCGAUAUCACCGUAGUCGUCAAAUAGAUGUCUUGUCGCAUCAAUGCAGUUUAUUUAUUUACAUAAAAAAAUAGACAUACAAGAAUUAAAA